AUGAAGCAGGACCUUCUGGGCGUGUACAGCGCCUACUUCGACCACAUCGAGCUUCCCAGUGACGAUGUGGUUGCGCGACGGCCGUCCAAGCUGGUCCACGCCUACCUCGUCUACUUGAACAAACACACUGAGCGAUACCGGGCCGAGUUGAAUAGAGCUCCGAAAUCACGAACAUUGAUCCUCACACUGCACCAGAAGGAAGCCAAGCACGAGACAGAGCUUCGAUGGAUGAAAAAAAACCUGCGAUCCGGGGACCUCCUCCUGUGGGUCGACUGGAAGCAAAAUAUCACGUUGCCACUGUCUCAGGUAAGCACCGGCGACAUGUACUGGGCGACAAGCAGAAUGGAAACAAGCCUCCUUGGUGCCAUAGCUUACAUUGGCUCUGAGGAUGGCCCGCCCAAGAAACUUGGGCUCUUGUGGAUUUCCGAUGUGCUUGACCAUACGUCGCUUGCAGCAUCAAUGCAGAUGCAGGAGAUGAUGACCACGUGUUUGGGCCCCCUGUCCAGAUACCGUAACAUUGCUCUUUGGUACGACACUGGCCCACAUUACCGCACGGUAGACAUGGUUUCCUUCGUUGCGCAGCAGUGGCUCUGGAAGGAGAACCGCCUAGACUUGGCCUGCACAUUAAAUUUCUUUACAGAAAAGCACGGAAAAGGGGAAGUAGAUGCCUUAUUUGCUGGGUGCAACAGGUGGCUGAGGGCUGCGACAAUGCAGCCGGGCACUAGGCUGGAAACAGUUGAUGAUUUGAUCGCGGCCUUGAAGACAGGUGCCGGCAAGGACAUGGCGCAAGACCCAGCAGGCAUGCAGUUCCACAUCGUCAAGUGGAAUACAAAGCAGAAGCCUGCAAAACUUUGGAAGGGCGAGACGGACAUGCAGAUACGCAAAACGUAUUGCAUAGAGUUGAGGUUGGUCGGAGAUCGAGCUAGAUGUCUGCAGUGCCUCAACCGGCAUUUCAGCGACCUGCCGCAGAACAAAGGGGUCAGUGUGAUGCUCAACUUGUCGCAGCCGGUCAUUCCCAAGGAAGACAGAGCUUGGCGACGCGGGUAUUACUCCAGUGACAAGUGGCGAAAGAGUUUCCCAACACCGGAUAAACGCAAUGCCAUUAUUGAUAGGUGCGAGGCGCUGCAGCCAUACAGCUGCCUGGACCCGGGCCGUGACUCCGCCGCCAGUGCCCUUGAGAAAAAACUUUCUCGUUAUCAGGCAAGUUUGGCUGCAGCGCGGAAGCGCGGAGCCCGCCAGAGGCUUCUUGUCAAAGACAAGAAGGACACAGGUUGCAGCUCCAGCUCCUCUAGUGACAGCAGUUCCAGCAGUGACAGCAGCUCAGCAGAGUGA